AUGGCAAAACUCCGAUUGGAGGUGCCUCUGCACGCCAUCGACAGGACGCCCGAGUAUGAGGACUUCAUGAACAAGCUGAGAGACUACCAUGCAAAGCGAGGCACAACUCUGGACCCGGAGCCCAAGGUUGGCAUGAUCCACUUGGAUCUGUUCAAGGUCUUCAACCACAUUGUCGCCAGCGGUGGAUAUGAUAAGGUGUCGGAAGAGAAGUUAGCGUGGCGGCGCAUGGCAGCUGAGCUUGGCCUUCAUUCAAAUAACGAAGCAUCGACGGCCUUUGCUCUUAAGGAAAAGUUCUACAAGAACCUUGCCGCAUACGAAAUUAGCACAAUCCAUGGCAAGGAGCCGCCGCCCAAAGACAUCUUGGAGGACGUCACGGCCAAAGGCGCAAGUCUGUUGACGCGAACAAGGGAAAACUUUCGUGGCAAGCGAGAAAGCAACGUCGGAGCUACAGAUAGCGCUGCGUCUGGCGAUGACGGCACUCCAACCCAGGAACGACCAGCACCAGACCCUGCCGCAAGCGCUCGAGCUUCCCGCGGCCUUCGUGAGGCACCCCCUCAACGAGUCAUCUUCCAGCCCGAUACUGGCCCAGCCCGAGCCACGAGGCAGGCCUCCAACCAGCAGGCAGGCAACUCGGCCUCGCCAGCGGUAAACCACGGACAGCAGUCUGCAGCUCAUCACCAAGCCACCCAUCCGAUGCCACUGAUGGCAAUCCAUAACAACUCACGUGGGCCGUCGAUCCUACACCACCCCCCCAACUCCGAAAACACAUCACACCUGGUCACUUCUUACCAACCGAAGCCUAUGAAGCCACUCCAGCUGCGUCCAGUGGCAACCCCAAGCAACACGCCGAGCGAGUUCUUCAAAGCCAAACUGCCGCAUCGCUUUGCGCUUGAUCCCGCCAAUAGACAGCCUAUGCAGCCUGGUACUUUUGCACUCAAUCAUUUGGUAAAAAUUUCCUUUGAGCGAGGUGACAAGUACAAAUUCGACUCUUUCCCAGGAUUGGCCGAAGGCCUCGUGGAGAAGGCAUUGCAGAUCGGCAAUCUCUUCUAUCACGUCAAUUGGACAGUGUCCUGGGACUCUUUCACGGAAUCAAACGAUAUUGGUGUCCUGGAUGGUAACUACGGCACCCAAGAUAUCCUAGAACGAAUUCAAAAUUUGAUCGAGCGAGAGAUACCAGACGUCAUCCAAACCGAAAAGUUUGCCGACGAAAUGGUUCUGACAACCGAGGCCAUUCUUACCAUUCGAAACAUGGUGACACUGCCUGAAAACGCACAAAACAUGUCCGACUUCUACCCUGUCAAGGACCUGAUAUGCAUUCUUUUGCAUCUACCGGCAAGAGACUCACUUACCGAGGUGAAGCAUCUUGCUCUAGAUAUUGCGGAGCAGCUGACACCUUUUAUGGCUCUGGAAUCCGACGACCCCCUAUACAAGACACUCUUGGCCCAGUUGGCAUCGGAAGACAGAGGAACUAUCCUGACAGCACUUCGUGCCCUAGGUCGCAUUUCCGUGAACCUGGAAGCGACAAACAAGCUGGGCCAUGUGCCAGGCACAACACUUCAGCGGAUUGUAAACUGGCUGCUGCUGAACGAUGACGAGCUCAUUGAUGCUUGCCUCGACUUUCUAUACCAGUACACGGCUGUUGUGCCUAAUCUUGAUAACUUGGUACGGUCCAUUGUCCCUGACAAUUUGGUCCAGCAGCUUGUUCGCCUAUUAGCACACGGUGCUCGCAAAUACACCAGGGAGUACACAGUUGUACCAGAACAGAGAUUGCCAGCAAAGGAUGAAAUCGCACCAAUGCCCAAUGACCUGCUCCAGGAAAUGCUGAAGCUAGAAGAACCCGACCGAGUUCACCAAUGGGUCAAGUGCUUCUUUGAGGAAGACAACCGAUCCUUCAUCACCCAGCUUGCUGCAUGGCAAGCCUACCAGUCGGCAUUUGCCACCCCCUUAAAGGCCAUCAAUCAGCCUAUGAUUACACCAGCAGACUUUAUUAGAAGCAGUACCUCUGUCUACAAGGACUCUAAUGCCCAAGUGCUUCGAGAGCCUGGUGAUCCUCAGCAAAAGUUCAUCAUCCAUGGCAUUCGCGCGCGGCCACGGCCUCUCGCCUUUGACGGCACUGAAUAUGGCCGCUGCUUGUGGGCCAUGAACCCGGACAAGAGGAACGAAAAGUGCGGCCACUUUUAUCUCAAGCAAGAGGAGAUGUGGAAUCAUAUCCUGACGUCGCAUCUGAAUGAGCAGAGAGGCGAAAAUGGACAGUUCCCCAAUAUCGAGAAGGAGUACCGGUGCACCUGGGCCGAGUGCGCAAAGUACGAGAUCCCGACAAAGAUGCAUCUGCAGACUUUCGCCCAGCACAUUUCUACGCACAUCUCAACCAUGAUUCCGAGCCCCGGUUCGUUUAACAGGCGUCCGCGACACCCGUGGGUCAUUCCGGCAAAGACUAUGAGUAUUGUGCUGGAAGAGACACCCACGUUUCGUGAUGAGCGGAUGCCCGAAGCGCCUCCCCAAGCUGGUGGCAUCCCGUUGAGUGCCGUGUUGGUGCUGCGCAAUAUUGCUCGCAACGUGGUCAAGACGGAGGCUGAAGAAGAGCUCCUCAAGGAACAAUCGAGGAGUUCUGAAAGGGGAGGAUGGAAUGAGAAGCUCUUCCGGCCUCAUUUGACGCAAUUGCAUGGCAUCUUGGCGGAGAAUCUUGCUAUGAGCCCAUAUAUCGCGUCGUUACUGGAGCUAAUCAUCCCAGCGCCGGAUGACCGUGAUUAA